AUGAUGUCUCAAGUUGAUCUUGAAAACCUAAAUGACAAGAAAAUUAUCUGUGAAACAUUGGCAAAUGAAGAUUUACCAAAGAAUGAAGAGACCCCAGACGCUGGUGAAGACUCCGUUGACGUACAGCCGGCGCUGGACUAUCCACCGGAAUCUUUCUGGCUUUCGAAGGACGCAGAAUAUGAUUGGUUCGAUCGCAACGCAUUUUACGAGCACAAAGAAUCCAUCAGAGGCAACUCAAAUUCCACCAACUUGAACCCAAGUAUCAACCCGAGUUCGAACGCAAGUUCUCAACGGAUCCCGGUUAAUCUUAAAUCCAAGGCAUCGAUUAUUGGAUUGCCCCAAACCCAGAAAACUACUUAUGUUGAUUCUAAGAGAAGGUAUUGUAAACGGACUAAUAUAAGGCUGUUUCCGAAACGGUCCGAGUCCGUAGGGAAGACAUCCGUCUCGGUGGUUGAGCCGUCUUCGCCCAAGGUUUCUUGCAUGGGAAGAGUUAGAUCAAAGCGUGGGAGGAGGUCAAAUUCGUUGAAAAAGUAUGAUAAACCGGCGGAGAAAACAAGGACCUCUGGAGAGAAACAAAAAACCGGGUUCUAUUCUAAGCUAAUGUGCGUCAUUUUGUGCAUGAAGGACCAUAACCAGCCGGUCCGAUCGGGGAGUCGAAGAGUGGUGGUGGAGGAGACUGUAACGGCAGUUGAGCCUCAAAGGAAGAGCGUGAGUGUAAAACUACGCGAGAUCCCGGUAAGUGAUGAACCGGUGGCUGAGCCGCCUGGUUUGGGAGGAGUAAAAAGGUUCUCGUCCGGCCGGAGAUCGGGGUCUUGGACUGCCGAGGACUUAAAUCAGGCGAUAUCGAAGUCGUUGCAGUUAGAUCGGCGCGGGGACUCCACGGGUGAAAGUUGA